UAUAAAUAUUUCAUUACAUAUUGUUUUUGAUUCUCCAAUGGGGCCCCUCAAUUGAUCUUUCUAAAACACAAAACUCCUAAAUACAAUGCAUAGAUUAAACUAAGCACAAUAUUCUAACUAGCAACAGCUACUCCUCUUCUUCUUUCUCAUACACAAACACAUGCUCAUAGACAAUACAGCCUGUCAAUCUGAAUAAUUUAAGAACAUCAUGGUUUCUGUCAUAGUUUAUUACCAGAAGAUUGAUUUCUUGUUUCUCCAACCAAAAGUUGUAUCCUGAGAUUGCCGGUUCAUUCAGAACCAUACGCAUGUUGUCAUAGCUACAUACAUGAUUCAUUUCUUGUUGUCUCUCCAAGAAAAGUAUAACACAACUUUGUACUAAGUUUUAUCCUGCCAAGAGACUGUUUCUCUGAUGUGCUCUUUUCUCUGUUCUAUUGCCUGAAUUCAACGCGUGCUCGCGUUUGGAUUGGUUUUCUGAUCCAUGCUGAUCAGCAUCUCUGGUUCAAUGAGAUUCAUACCGGAGUUCUACGUUCGUUUUCAGGUAACAUUGUCUGUUUUCUUCCUCCCAAUGUGCUUCAUUCUGAUCUUGUAGCUGUAGAAUUGACAUAAAUGUUGCACUGUCUUAUGCUGAAGACUUCGUGAUUUAGAUUUCUUGACGUUUUCGUAUGUCCAACGGAGCAAAUGGAGAGAGAAAUGAUUUCUGAUCUGCUUUCAGACAAAGCUGAGCAAGUUAACUGCCUGAUAGUUGUAUAUCUGAGAGUAAACAGUCCUGUUGAAAUUCCAUGAUUGAUUUAAACUGUCUGCAUCAGGGAAAACAGACAGAUCUACUCACUUUCGAUGCCGAAUUCAGACACUUACAACAUGCAGAGAGAUAAAAAGAGAGAUGCCCAUGAUGUAUUUCUUUAGCAACUAGCUUUUAGAUCACUUCUAGAGCCCAUUACACUAUAUAAAAGAAUUCAGGGCCUCAAUUUUUGACUUUUCCCAGGGACAGGAACCUCAAAUGGUGUCUGAUUUUUAUGAUAACCACUGGUUUUAAUACAUUAUCUGCACCUCACUCUCAUCUUUGUAAAGUGAAAUGGAUAGACUUGGAUGAUGAUAGCACACAUGAUUGAUUAGGAAGCGGAAAAAUUGUAUUCUAUAAAUAUAUAUCUUGCUUUGCAUGGGAUUCUAAUAUUGCAAAGUACCUUAAAAUUGUCAAAUAUUUAGUAAAGACUUAUCAGCUUUGACAAUUACAGACAUGUUGUGCAGCAGUAAUGAUGUGGUUUUUGAUGUAGUCUGUUAAAUAUGUUGAAGUCUAAGUGGCCACAAUCUUUUGUCUAAUUUCAGGAAUGACAACCAAACUUCAACGUUCGAUAAAUCCGUUGACCAUAGCUCCACACAACAAUCCAUUGUGCACAAUUAGUCAUCAGUGUUGUCUAGAACUAGGAAGUGGUUUGCAGAAACGGGUGUCGUUAUCAUUAAUGGAUAGAAUGCAAGAAUUUCAGAACAUCGAGUCGGUGAGGAAGAUGAUUCUGAUGCAAGAAGAAGUGUUCAAGCAGCAGGUUCAGGAGCUGCACCGAAUAUACAAUCUUCAGAAGAAGCUGAUGCAAGAACUCAAAACGGGCCUAAAAAUAGCAGCUCAGACUGAUAAAACUGAUUCUGGGAUUGCUGCCUGGAAUAAGACAGAAAGAGAAACGGGACGAUGUUUCCAGGCUUUUGCUGCAAGAGAUGAUCUGAAAGAACUUAGCGGUAGCUGCUCGGAAGAGACGCCAAGAAUGCCAAUCAAAUUCGACCUGGAAAUUCCAGCAGAGACGAUCGCCCCAUCGAAUGUUCAGACGUUUGAAGAGCGAAAGGAGUUGAAAAUGAUUGACGAGGAAAGUGAUGUGGAAGUGGAACUAACACUUAGCAUCGGCCAUGGUACGAGGAAACAGAGAUCGAAAAAAAGACAUCAGUUACAUGAUUCUGAUGAUCAGUUGAAUAAUCAGGUCGGAGAAGUUGGUUUGUCUUCAACUGGAACGAAUAAAGGGGACGAAUACCGCGAGCCAGGCUCGAUUACUAGCAGUUCACCAGUCUAUCAAGAAAAUACGAGGCCACAUUGGCUACUACAAGAUCUAAGCUUAAAUCGAACAUGACAAGCUGCUCGUGUGCAAUUAAUAUGGAACGUUUGUGUACACCGGUUAAUCCAAACGUUUGAUAUAGUGAAUUAGUGAAAGUAGUAAACUGGAAAGUUGGGACAGUGGGAACACUGUAGUGUUGUAGAUCAUGUAAUGAUUGUAUAAACUUCUCUAACACUUAGUUGUUUGAUUAGAAGUGUUUAGGUUCCAUCAAUUUGGAGUAGAAUAUGUUGUUGUGUAGUAAUUCAAAUAUAAAAUACACAAGUGGGUGAAACACUGCCGUGAUUCUUGAACUUGAA